AUGCCAGGCUCUGCUAAUGCCGAGAAGGCUCGAAGUAAGGAGACUAGCAGCCCGCUUAUGGAUCUACAACCUAAUGGGAACAAGGUUUCGGUUCCAAGGAGAGAGCGAGGCAGUCCCUCCACUCCAGUGCCCCACCGUGACGUUGGAGAAACACAGGUAAGGGACAGCCUUGAGAGACCUGUGCAGGCGCCGGUUAUGAAGCCCAAGUCAACAAAGGCAGUAACUCAGGACGUCAAGGGACAUCGGCGUGCUGGGAGACGUCGUAUUCCAAACUACCGUAUUCCCGAUUACAGUGGCAUUCAGUCCAAAAUUGACUGUUGGAAUAAGGACUGGAAAAUUGGAGGCGAAAGCAGUGAGGAGGACGCAUCAGAUUAUGCAGCACGGCCAAGGAAUGAACAAGGCGGUUCCACUACUCAAGUGGCUGAGUGUAACGCGGAAGAAACUCCGGGAAGUAUUCCCUCCGUGAGAACUUCAUCGCCAAUAAAUAGCACGAUUGAGCCACAGAAGCAAGUGUCUGCGAGCGUCAAGAGCGUGGAGAAGCACAUACAUGGUCUGAACCAUGUCAGCUUCCUGGCUCCUGUAGGAUGUCUAGCACGUUGGAACGCAGUCGUUCCAGGAGGCAUAGAAUUUUGCAUAUUCCUACGCCCGCUUACUGUGGCGUUAAGCCCACAGUUGACUGUUGGAGGAAGGACUGGAAAACUGGAGGCGAAAGCAGUGAGGUCAGUCAAAAAUAUCCCGGAAAUCCCCUGCAGACGGAGAACGAGCAAUAACAUAGCGCACACACUGUUGUGUUGGGGAGCUCAGCCUGUCUACUCGCAGGCGCAACAGGUCUGGAGAGGUUUCAGUAUGCAGUGUCGUUACUGUUGAAUUAGACGCGAGUGUUGGCCAUUCGGCGCAUUGUCGCAGUUCGAACAGCGUGCGAACAUCAAGUUCUUGUUCAAAUUGGGAAAAUCUGCUUCAGAGAC